CUUUAACAUAACUACGAAGGCUUUAUUCUUAAAACACAUUUUUGCUAAUAAUAAUCCGUAAAGCAAUCCCAUUUGACACACUCUUUAGAACAACUAUUUGAAUAAAACCAGUACUGGGUAUUGCCAAAGGUAUAGCAGCUAAGCAUUCAGCCUUGUUUGAAAAGGUUCAAUUAGCAUCAAGAUUAAAGAGGACUGGAUAAACAUAUUGGGAUUUUUUUUUUUUUUUUUAAGUUACAGAAGGAAGUUCUUGUUUUUCAUGACAUAACUAUCUUGUUAAUUUGGAAAAGCAUGGCUGUUUUUUUAAUGAAUUGACAAGAAAUAUCUCGAAAUAAUGACAAUGUUCUACAUGAAAAAAUACAAAUCUGCUCAGUUUUACAAGUUAACUAUCUUGUAAAUCUUGGGGGGAAAAAAGAGCCCUUUUUUUCCGUAAAAUAUUUUCUCGUAAAUCUCAAUUGAAUGGAAUAUGCUUCCGUAUGUCCUCUACUCGUUUGAAAUAAAAACCUUGUGUCAGUUAUAUUCUUUAACAUUUAGAUACAUGUGAAUAUUCAGAUCAAGGUCAGAACAAGAGCAAAUAUAAGCCUGUUGUCCACUAAAUGUUUGAUCAUUCAUUGUGUUUCCUUUUUUUUCACAAGUAAAAUGAGUACUUUUUUAGUUUUUAAUAUUUUGCUGCCACAGUGUGGAGCUCUACACCUUCUUCCUUCAAUAACAGUGAAUUGUACAUUUUAACACAUUUUUAUAUUUUUCCAUCCUCUGUUGAUUUCAAUAUGAACACAAUUCUUUGAAGUUAUGAAUAAAAAUCACUUCUAAUACUGUUGUUAUUACCAUGUCCGAACACUUGAUGGCAGUCUUGUGUUUAUAUAAGGAGGGAAACCCCGUCUCCUCAUAUCGAAAGUAAAAGUAGUCUGACCACAGGAGAACACAAACAGGACUGAGGACUGCUGUGAAACCGGUUUUCAGCUUUUCACUGACUUCUCUUUAAACAACAUGGACGAAGGCAACUGCACCAAGGAAACUAUGCAUGACGUUAAAAAGGGAAUGGAGCCCGAUAGCCAGUCAGCAGGACGCGUGCCAAAGGAAGAGAACAACACCAAGGCUCUCAACAAUGUCUUUAGGAAUGGUUGGUUGAAAUUAGCAGGCCCUGCAUCCAAAUCCUUGGUGAUUGCUUUAUCUGGGUCAGCUUUUGUAGCUUUGUCUGACAACCAUGGAUCGAGAAGAGAGGCAGAAGAACUCACAGAAAAACUGCCAAUGCCAAAAGGAAAAGAGGCUGAUGGAGGUGUUGCAGAAGUACCAGUAAGGAAAGGAACAACACCAGCAGAGCCACCAGCGAGGAUUGUCAUCGCAAGAACACCUGCAGCAGGGAAAAGCAUCAAAGUUCUAAAAACAUACAGGAUUGUCCUGCUGGGAGAAACCAAAGCUGGGAAAAGCAGCCUGGCAAACACCAUAUUUGAAGAGGAUGUGUUCAAAGUCAAACAUAGCCCCACUUCUGGAAAAAGUGAAUGUCAAGCAGAUUCAAAAUCUGUUGAUGGAAGAAGAAUUACUCUGAUUGAGACUCUGGAUUUUUUUGGUAAAGAUAGAUCUGAGGAGGAACUGAGGCGAGAAGUAGGGAGUUGUAUGACAGCAAGUGCUCCUGGGCCUCACGCAUUUUUCAUAGUGUUGAAAGUGGAGAGAUCCCCAGACUACUGGAAGGAUGUCAUCCAGAGAAUAGCUCAAUAUUUACCUGAGGCUUUCAAUUAUGCGGCAGUUGUCUUCACUCACGGUGACCAACUUCCGAAAGGAACGAAAAUUGAGGAGUUUGUUGAACAGAAUAAAUGUCUCAGUGAUCUGGUGAAGAAGUGCAGAGGGCGUUGUCACGUCGUCGAUAAUAAAUAUUGGACGACAAACCAACAGGGUGACUACAGGAGCAACAAGUUACAGGUGGCAGAGCUGCUUAACACAACAGACAAAAUACUAAUGGAAAACAAAGGAGGCUGUUAUAAGAUGCAGCGAGCAGUUCUGACUGAAAUCGAGAAAGGGGGCAAAAGAAAAGCCGAAGGAGAUGCACCACAAGGGGACCCCAGUGAGACUAACAACGGUGUCUCUAAGGGUACAUGGAUCAAAUUUACAGGCCCUGCAGCAAAAUCAUUGGCAGGAUUAUUUAGGCCAGCUGUUUUGCUGGAAACUGAGGGAAAAGAUGAUGAAGAAGAAGAUGUAGGAGAAGAAAAAAAAGCAGAGGAGGAGGAAGAAGAAGAUGUAGGAGAAGAAAACAAAGUAGAGGAGGAGGAGGAAGAAGAUGUAGGAGAAGAAAACAAAGUAGAGGAGGAGGAAGAAGAUGUAGGAGAAGAAAACAAAGUAGAGGAGGAGGAAGAAGAUGUAGGAGAAGAAAACAAAGUAGAGGAGGAGGAAGAAGAAGAUGUAGGAGAAGAAAACAAAGUAGAGGAGGAGGAAGAAGAUGUAGGAGAAGAAAACAAAGUAGAGGAGGAGGAAGAAGAAGAUAUAGGAGAAGAAAACAAAGUAGAGGAGGAGGAAGAAGAAGAUGUAGGAGAAGAAAACAAAGUAGAGGAGGAAGAAGUGGAAGAAGGUGAGAAAAAAACACAUGAUGAGGAAUCCGAUAAGAAAGACGAAACAGAAACAGAAAAAACUGUAGAAGACAAGAAGGUGACAGAACUGGAAAAGGGGAAAGAAACAGAGAAAAAGGCAGGACUAGGAGUUAUAGCAACUGCCCCAGCUGCAGGAGCAGGGGCAGCAGGAGCAGGAGCAGGAGCAUUAGGUGCAGUAGCAGGAGCAUUAGGUGCAGUAGCAGGAGCAUUAGGUGCAGUAGCAGGAGCAUUAGGUGCAGUAGCAUUAGGUGCAGGAGCAGGAGCAUUAGGUGCAGUAGCAGGAGCAUUAGGUGCAGUAGCAUUAGGUGCAGGAGCAGGAGCAUUAGGUGCAGGAGCAGGGGCAUUAGGUGCAGGAGCAGGGGCAGCAGGAGCGGGGGCAGCAGGGGCAGCAGGAGCAGGGGCAGCAGGAGCAGGGGCAGCAGGGGCAGCAGGAGCAGGGGCAGCAGAAGCAGGGGCAGGAGCGGGGGCAGCAGGAGCGGGGGCAGCAGGAGCAGGAGCAGGGGCAGCAGGAGCAGGAGCAGGGGCAGCAGGAGCAGGGGCAGCAGGAGCAGGGGCAGGAGCGGGGGCAGUAGGAGCAGUGGCAGCAGGGGCAGCAGGAGCAGUGGCAGCAGGGGCAGCAGGAGCAGUGGCAGUGGCAUGGUACUACUAA